GUAGGUGUUGUUUGAGAGAAGGGUUCCCUCUUGAGGACUGUCGAUUGCUUGAUGCACACAUUGUAACCUUCAGGAGGGUCAGGAGGAGAAAAAGAGGGAGAGGAGGUCCUAGGAGAAGAGAGCUCUGAGAUUGGGAAAUAAAGGUUCCAUUAACAGAAGACAACCAGAGGAGAUCCCAUCCAAAAGCAAAGCCAUCAUCUUAGUUGGAGAUGGCUGGCCGAAUAAUAAAACAGACUCCCUCCGUUAUCUUCUUGCUUGUCUCCUUUUGGGUUCAGGUUGAAUCAGAUUAUUCUCAAUAUGCAACUCCAGAACCAAAAACAUCCACAGGCGAUGGAAACCAUUUACCAGUGGUGGAAACUAUUCAUUUCUCAGGAUCAUCUAGACCAAAGCCAGUAACGGUGAACAUAACAAAGGUUACAAAAAUUGUACUGUCCUGCAAUUUGACUCUUCUGACUGCACACAAAUCUCCAAUAACUGGCAUGUGGGAAAAAGAUGGAAACAAGAUUGACAAAAGAGAAUUUGAUUUUGACCAGAACACUAGCCACCUGUUUCAAAAUUAUGAGUUUGAUUUUCAGAAUGGCAGUGAUGCUGGCAACUAUACUUGUGUCUUUGAUACAAACCCAAAAUCGGAAGGCAGGUUUGAAGUACAAAUUCCUCCAAUUUGGACCAAAAAUAUAAAUGAAAUACGUUCUGAUGGUGAUCAUGUUAACUUAACCUGCAAAAGUGACCGAUAUACUCCUCUUUACUGGAUUUGGUCAAAGGAAGUCAAAGGCAGCAAGGUGACCCUGAAUAAUGAAACAGGAGACCAAUAUUACAUUCAUAGCCUUGGCAACAAAUCAUCACUUUUAAUAAAAAGCCUGAUAAUGGAUAACACCACUUAUUACCAUUGUGAUGCUGUCUAUGAAGUGGGGUUCAGUGGUCUGCGGAUUCAUCUGAAGGUUAACAGCCUGGUUGCUGCUGUCAUACCAUUUGUUUGCAUUGUUGCUGAGGUGCUAGUUUUAGUUAUCUUCAUUCUUGUAUGUGAGAGAAAGAUGAAACAGAAGGAAAAUCUUGCAGAAGGAGAAAAAAAUCCAGAGAAACUGACCAUAGACGAGUUGCCCGAUGUCACUGAAAAUGGAGCUCGGCACAGAAAGGUUGAAUCUACUUCAGUGCAAGAAAUGCAGAACUAAGCAACAAACCUGUUGGAGUACUGUUACUUCAAUAUGCACCAAUGUGGCACUACAGAAAUUGAAUUACUGUUGGAUGAACUAAGCAAUAUCUGUAUUAAAUGCUUAUUCUUCAUUUGUAUUAGAAUUAGAAUUCUAGCUCAAGAUUAAUCCUCCUGUUACCCAUCCGAGCAAGGUUCUUGCUGAGUCUCUAAUACAGCAUUACUAGGCAUUGUACCUUCUAUAACUAUUAGGUGUCCUUUGAUAACAUCUGCGCUAUCACACCUUCUAAUAACUAGUCAGCUAUUGUAGCCUCCCAUACCUAGUGAUACUAGUAAGUUACUGUAACAUUUAAUAACCACUCAGAUCCUGUAUCCUCUAUUAUUUGUUAAAUACCAUUCCCUCAAAUGAGUAUGAAGUCUCACACUGUCUAAUAAAUAUUGGAUGACCUGGUGUAUGUAGACAUAAAUUGUUGAGGGUGGCAGACUGGUCAAGGAAGUGGUUAAUGAGCUAUGCAGGAUCCUGGGCAACGUUGCAAAAAUAAAGUGAAAAUUAAUAUUAGAGAGGGUGCAGAAACGGUGUAUGAGAAUAGUUCCAGAAAAGCGGACAUUUAACUAUUUGGAUAGAUUUAAGAAGCUAAGAUUGUUUUCCUUAAAGAAAAGUUGAUUGAGAGAUCAUUUUGAUGGUGGUGUUCAAAAUCAUCAAGGCUUUGGAAAGAGCAGAUAGGGAGAAGCUGUUUCCUUUGGCUAAGAAUCAUUGGUUGAAAAUGAAUGACCAAAAAGCCAAAGUUGACCUGAGGAAAAAAAAAAUUUGUGUGUGAAAUUAGGAUCUGGAAUGAAUUGCGUGAGAGUGGUGGAGGCAUAUUCCAUCAUUUCAAGAGAUAAAUUAUCUUGGGAAAUAAAAAUGACAGGAUUAAAGAGAAAAACAGGGAGAAUUGGUGAAACUGGCUGAGUUGCAGAGUACCAACAUAGACUGAAUGAUCUCCUUUUGGUCUAUUAGUAGCCAUUCCAAUAGUCUGUAACACUAGGUAGCAUACCCUCAACAACUAUUAUGCACCAUACCUACCAGAAUUACUAGGCUAUGCUAUUCUUUAACAAUUCCUCGGUGUCGCAAUGAUUAAUUACAACAGGGGUGCCUCACCUUCUAUUAACACCAAGAGUAUUGUCCAAUCAAACAACAGUGUAUUAUUCCUACUUACAACCAGGAAGUAUUGUAAACUCUAAUAACUGCUAAGUUAUUGUAAAGUCCGGUAUUAGAAUUUUUAAAAUAUUUUUUCAAACAAACAGCAUUGAACUUGCCAACGAUAAUGGUUCACCUAUCAAAUACUUUUUUAAAGAAACAAGAUUCAUAACUAAGAAAUAGAUUGCAGUUGAAUGAAUUUGCAUUAUUGGGAUUGGAAUUCGUGACCCAAAGCUUAGACAAUUUCAAUCAUAAUAUUUUUAUAUUAAUGAUAAGCUGUCCUUAUCCCUAUUAAGAAGAGCCCAGUUUUCCAUUUGUUGUUUGGAUGGGAAAAUAACCUUGUGCUGUAGAAAGACAUUGCUUUACAAAUUUAUAUAUUUAAAUGUAGUGUAUAUUGUCAUACACUGCACUAUUGUGAUGUAAGAAUCAAUUCUAUAACUUAGCUAGGGAAUUUAUGACAUAUAAAAUAAAUUCUCUGACUAAUUAUGUAAUUGAUUUUUACACUAUUAUAGUACAGUGUAUGAUAAUAAGUAAUGAAACAAUUGUUGAAAGGCCACAGAUAUACAUUGUAUCUAAUUCAGGUUAGAAAAUAUAAUAAGCUCCUAUUAAAAUAGCUGUUGACGUUGUUUAAAAGGAUCCAAAAUACCUGCUGCCAAAAACCUAGAGAACAGUGAAAGUUAAUUUUUUAUCUGGCAACUGCAUUAAUGUAAUUUUGGAAAUAAUUUAACAAAAGCAUUAAAGUGGCAGUAACAAAUCAAAGAACAAAUACAGUCCUCCUGUGGGAGCAGAGUGGAUACUGAAGCUGCUUAAACUUUCUACAAUUAGUAACAAUUACUAAAAGGUUUGUGGUGUUCAUUGUGUUAUCAAAUGAAGCAUCACAUUUCUUUCAAGAAAAACACGAGUUUUACUUUUUUCUUGUUCCUGCCCAAAAUAGUAAUCCUUCAAUUGCAACAAAACUCAGUGCAAUAAAUUUUAGACUGAGUCAAAUAUUCCAUCUUGCAUAAUCAGUGACAGUGGGGCCGAUCUGAAAAGUAACUUAUUUGAAGAGCAGAUUGUGAAUUUUAAGUGUUUUGUCAACAUGAUUGAACUCCUUUACUUUUUGAAGGGUUGUUGCUAACAGGAAUGAACAUUAUAAAUAAAACUAUUGACUUCAUGAUAAUAUACUUCAUGAUAAUGAUACUUUGAUGCACCAUUAUAAGGUAGCAUUCUUGGGAUAAGCCCUUUUAAUCUUUACUCAUCCACUGGUGGUUUGUGAGUGGGGGUAGGAGUUAGAAAUUUGCCUUAACUGCAAUUAAACUCUUGUGACACGAAGAAUGUGAUUGCUAUCAAGUCAAUUAUACAUAUGCAAACAGCUAAGCUAAAUGUUACAAAAAGGACUACUUUGUGUGUAUGUGUAUUUUUAGGAAAGUUAAAAACACAGGCUUUGAAAUGCUGGUGGUAGUGUUUCACUGAUCUCUUGCUGUUCCACCUGACAGAGGGAAAAGACAACCAUUUGCACCAUUAUUCUCUGCAUUUUGUUGGUCUCCCACCUGAGUUCUGAUCACAGAUCAGUCGAAUUUCACAUGUUGCUGAUUUUGUUUUUAAGGGAAUGAUAUGAUUUCCUCCUGUAACUAUUUUUGACAAUGCAAUAAACCAACAUUUAAUGA